CUUCUCUUUUUCAUUUGUCCAUUUCUUGCCCUCGCUUCCCUCUCUCCAAAUCACUAUAUAAGUUUUCAUUUUUCUCUUUAUUUCUCUCCAUUGUCAUAUUCUCUUUCACAUCUGUCUUCAAUAUUCACUAAAUAUAUAUAUAUAUAUAUAUCAUACUCGUCCCUGUUUUUAGUUCUACUUCCUCUUUGUAACUAAUACUUUUCUGACCACAAACACAAUAGUCCCAUUAUUGAUAUUCACAUCACAUCAAUAAUUAUUUAUUGUCCAGUUUUUUAUAUUUUUUGAUUCUUUUUUUCAAUCCAGAUCUUCAAUUCUCGUUUCUACUUUAGGAUCUUGCACUUAUAUUCUCUCCCCCUAUACUUAUAAAAUACUAUAUUCAAAAUGGCCUCUUUAGCUUCUAAAGUUUCUCUCCGUUCCUCUUUAUUGAGACAAAAUGCUACCAAAUCUUUCCUCAACAACUCUGCUAAGGCUUACUCAACCAUUGCUAAGGAAAAAACCUUAAAAGAAAGAUUCGCUGAAAUAUAUCCUGAAAAGGCUGAAGCAAUUAAAAAAUUCAAAAAAGAAAAGGGUAAAACCGUCAUUGGUGAAGUCUUAUUAGAACAAGCCUACGGUGGUAUGAGAGGUAUCCCAGGUAUAGUCUGGGAAGGUUCCGUCUUGGACCCUAUCGAAGGUAUAAGAUUCAGAGGUAGAACUAUUCCUGACAUUCAAAAUGAAUUACCAAAAGCCCCAGGUGGAGACGAACCAUUGCCUGAAGCUUUAUUCUGGUUAUUGCUUACCGGUGAAGUCCCAACUCAAGCCCAAACCACUGCCUUGUCUGCCGAAUUAGCUGCUAGAUCCGAUUUACCUCAACAUGUCAUCGAUUUAAUCGACAGAUGCCCAGCAAACUUGCACCCAAUGGCUCAAUUCUCCUUAGCCAUCACUGCUUUAGAAACUGAAUCCGAAUUCGCUAAGGCUUACGCAAAGGGUGUCAACAAGAAGGAUUACUGGUCAUACACCUUUGAUGAUUCCAUCAACUUAUUAGCUAAAUUGCCUCUCAUUGCUGGUAAAAUUUACAGAAACGUCUUCAAAGAUGGUAAAAUCCCUUCAAUCAACAAAGACUUGGAUUACGGUGCUAACUUAUCCAACUUGUUAGGUUACGGUGAAAACAAAGAAUUCGUCGAAUUGAUGAGAUUAUACUUGACUAUCCACUCUGAUCACGAAGGUGGCAACGUCUCUGCCCAUGCCACUCAUUUAGUUGGUUCUGCGUUAUCCUCCCCAUUCUUAUCUCUUGCUGCUGGUUUAAACGGUUUAGCUGGUCCUUUACAUGGUAGAGCCAACCAAGAAGUUCUUGAAUGGUUAUUCGGUAUGAAAGAAACCCUCAAUGGUGACUACUCAAAACCUGCCAUCGAAAAAUACUUGUGGGAUACUCUUAAUGCUGGUAGAGUUGUUCCAGGUUACGGUCAUGCUGUCUUGAGAAAGACUGAUCCAAGAUACACUGCUCAAAGAGAAUUCGCUUUGAAACACAUGCCUGACUAUGAAUUAUUCAAAUUGGUCUCUAACAUCUAUGAAGUUGCCCCUGAAGUCUUAACCAAACAUGGUAAAACUAAAAACCCAUGGCCAAAUGUAGACUCACACUCAGGUGUCUUACUACAAUACUACGGUUUAACUGAAGCCUCCUUCUACACUGUCUUAUUCGGUGUCUCAAGAGCCUUUGGUGUCUUGCCACAAUUAAUUCUCGACAGAGCUUACGGUUCUUCUAUUGAAAGACCAAAAUCCUUCUCAACAGAAAAAUACAUUGAAUUAGUCCAAAAAAUUGAAUCAAAAAAAUAAUCAAUCUAUGUUGCUUGUAAAUAUUAGAUUAUCUUUAUUAAUGGUCACUGAUAUGAUAUGAUUUUUUAUUCUUUCUUUUUAUUCUAUCUUUUUCUUUUAUAGUUUUUUUCUAUUUUACGCUCUUCAUUAAAUUUAUUUCGUCUAAUUUAGUAUAAAAUCAAGUUUUUUCUUUAAAAAAAUAAAACACUUUAAUUCAAUGUCUAUUCAUUUUUUAAACCAUCACAUUUUUAACAGCAGCUUGUUAUGUUCUGCUGCCUGCUAUCUCUUAUCAUUUAUUCAAUAUUCAUAUUAGGUUUAUGAUUAUAUAGCCCAAUAGUUAUUCUAUUUUUCACUUCUCAUCUUAUUAUUUCACUUUGCAAAUUUAUUACUAAACCAAACCUUAAUUAUUUUCAGCAACAAUCUCCGAGAAACUUGAUGUUUCUAAA